AUGUCGAAGUCGCUGUUCCUCUGCCUGGCCAUCUGCAAGACCGUCUUCGGCCUCGCCGGCAACGACCUCGGCUCGGACGACGUGAAGCUCGACGUGGAAUGGCUUGAGGCGUCGUCCGACUGCCACAAUCUCCCCACGAACGCUACGCGCCAACAGUCGCACACGAUCAACCCCCGCAUCGGUGACAUGAGCUGGGCGCUUUCCAAAACCUCCGAUUAUGACAAAGCGCCAAACGAAGCAAGGGUCGUGUGCCACCUUCAGUUCGCUCUUCAAAACGUGCUGAAGGCGAGGGGGAAGGCUCGCGCGGCGUCCAUUCUCAAGGCUUACAUCGAGAAGGGCGAGUUCCCUCAGCACGACAUCGAACCAGCGCAAGGGACUGUCAUGCUCGGGGCCGUCAAAGGCGUGUCCACAGCCGCAAUCCGGAAGCCCCUGUUCAUCGACGCCCACGGCACACCAGAGGAGGAGCACAACGCUUGGGUCUCCUCGACCGAGUCAUCACCGGACAUGCCGCACCAGUCCCCGCCCGUCGCGGGCGGCGCAGACUCGCCCGCGACGGAGGGGCAGGAGGGGCAGGAGCAGGCCGGGCUGCCCCCACGGCGCAGUCCGGCGGCGGAGCGAGAGCGGCGCGGCAGCGGCGAGUCCGCCCCCCGCCGACCCGGCCGCGACGGCAGCCGCGGACGGUCCGAGUGGGACAGUUACCGCGACCGCGACCGGGGCCGGUACAGCGAAGGACACCGAGCCCGAGACCGAGACCGGCGGCGGCGCUCUUCGUCGCGAUCCCGAGAGAGCUACGAGCGGCGCAGGUGGGGCGGGCGCGAGUGGCGCGACCGCAGUUGGCGGAGCCGCAGCCGCGGCGACCGCGGCGACCGCGACCGCGACAGGGGACGCGACUACCGGCACCGAGACUUCCGUUCACGGUCGAGGAGCAGGAGCCGAUGAUUUGCCCCCCCC